UCGGAGUGCAUAAUGGACAUACGCAUAUACGAUAUCAAUCAUAACAUUGUGGCGUGAAGUAUGCAAUCAGUAUCGUCACUCCGAAGGCGUUUUCUGGUAUAAAUUAUUGGAAUCGUGAUAUCGCUCGGCUGUAUAGUUUUACAGAUCGUAUAGCUGUGACGCGCCGGACACAUCGCGAAUGCCGCGGCGCGGCGGCGCGGUAUGGUUUAUUGUGAAAUCGCAUUCGAAUUGUUUAAAUUCGUAUCUCUCGGAAUCCGAAACGAAAGUGAGACUCGCGAGCGAAGAAUUAUCGUGAGUUCCUCGAUUGUCGUAAUUAAUUGCAUAUUGAGGCAUCGUCCGUAAUGUGUUUAGUUAAACGUUCCAUGCAAUCGCUAUACGUCGCGCGUCGCGUCACCGCGAUCGCGUUCUCGCCCGCGUGUAGCACCGGUCGCUACAAACGUCGUCUUCGCGUGUUUCAAUUGGAGACACCCGGCCAGCUCUUCUACUUGGAGUGCAUUAAAAGCACGGGUAUACCAUAUCAACAUGACCGCAGCUUGAAUUACAAGUCCUUUCUCGGCCCGUCCGGCAAUCUCCACGUUACAUUAAAAUCGAGCAGACUGUCCUCGAGAGACCGGGUAAGUAAAAAAAUAAGUUAUAGAUACCGAAAAAGGGAAUAUUAGAAUUGGGGCACACGAUUCUCUCUUUCGCUUCCUCAAACACCGUUCAUGUCACUGCACCGGAUGUCGAGUGGGGUCGAGCACCUCCGUCCUCGCAGGUGGAUGUCCAGAGGUU